GUAAAGUAAAAUAGGAUUUUGACUAAAGACGUUCCGAAAGGUAAAGAUUAUCACGAUGCGAAGAGCUGUUGUUUUAGGGUUGGCAUUGCUAACCUUAUUGAUCGUGACCGUGAGUGGCAUGCAGAGUAAUAUAGAAUUUACUAAGCGAUGUAUUGAGCAAUAUAAAUCCGUAUUGGCGCAUUAUAACGACGAAAAAGGGACUUGUACAAGAUUACAGAUAUUCAUGGAUUGUUUGUCGAAUAAGCCGGACGAACGAGGUCAGCUUCUCGACGCUAUGCGCUAUUUCUUUACUCAACAAGCAAUCUUUGUAUCAAAACUUAACUACUGUCCAAAGAUAGACUACAAGACCAUCAAGGCUAUCGCAAGUCAUACAGACUUUGCAAAGAAUCAUAAUUAUCUGGACAGCAUAGGUGACGAGGAGGCUUGGGAUACCUGUGCUAUUGAUGUCCACAAGUACUGUGUCAAGAAAUACGUCACACUAUUCGCUAAAGAGCGCAAGAUCUGUGAUGACGUCAAUUCUUGGAUCGAUUGCUAUUCUGAAGAGGCAAGAAACAUCGGUUGUGACGCAGAAAUCCUAACGCAUUUCUCCAAAAUGCUCAGCAUUGUUGGCAAACUUGUGAUACGAGAAAUUCGACGAUUCGCUGGAAUGGAGUGCGUAAAAAUGGAACUUUAACGACCUUAAUGAUCAGAAAUAAUCAAGACAUACAUAGAACUAUCUAGGGUUAUGGGUUAUAUUGUAUUUGAGUUGGUUUUUCUCCAAGAAAAAUUUGCUUCACGAAACACAAUUCGCAUCUUCAAUAUUGUACGUCCAUUGGCUUCUUAGUCAGCCAUUUUAAAAAUUACCCAAAGCUCUACAAUCCCGCCUUAUAGGUGUCUUAAAACAUUUUACAAAGGCUUCCUAUUGCUUGUUUUUGAUCGAUAGUAUUGUGAAAACAAAGAAAUUCCGGAAAUGGUCUAUGAGUUAAUGCAUUACUACGGGUAUCCCGCAAUUGUUUUUGAAUUUUGAAUAUCACGACAAGCAAGGAAAGGAAGAUGGCGAUUUGGUACCCUGUGUGCUUGAUUUGAUGAUGCACUUUGUUUAAUGUAUCUAAUGGGGACAACAUUGUACAUCAAGAGGAAAUGUUUUUCAAUAAUGAGCAAUAAUGGCAAAAAGCGCCAAAAACUAGACUUUCGUAUGAGUUUUGAUCCCAAUUUUCGUUUUGGGUCAACACUCAAAACCUU